ACUAUUCGCCAGUAUCCCAAUAGAGUUGGUUAUCGCAUCUGGAGUGAUGCAAGUUGGAAAAUGAAUGAACCAGUUCCAUACUCUAUUCUUGCCGAGACGUUUGAAAUCAUUGAACAGGAGCCAAAACGAUUAAAAAUCACCGAAAUUGUCAGCGACUUACUGCGCUCCAUCAUUUACUUGACUCCGGAAGAUCUCCUUCCCUGUGUCUAUUUGUGUCUAAAUAAGCUCGGGCCCGCCUAUGAGGGUGCGGAGCUGGGUGUGGGAGAGUCUCUUCUGGUCAAGGCCAUGCGGGAUGCGACGGGCAGGAGCAUCAAGACCAUCCAGGAGGACAUCGAGGCUCUAGGCGACAUCGGAUUGGUCGCAGCGAGCAGUCGGGGAAGACAGAAGACGCUGCUCCGCCCCAAGCCGAUGACCGUGCGAGGUGUCUACGAAACUCUGAAAAAGAUAGCCGCUGUCACCGGAAAUACUAGCACUCAGAAAAAAGUGGACCUGAUCAAGAACGGGUUAGUUGCUUGUCGGUCGUCCUGCGAAGCCAAAUUCUGGAUUCGGUCCUUGUCUGGAAAACUUCGUAUUGGAUUGGCUGAGCAGACCGUGUUGACCAGCUUAGGUCACGCAAUUGCUUUGACACCGCCGGCACACCUGGAUGCUGAAGAUGGUGCGCGCGCUAAACAGGAAACUUUGGACCGCUCGGUGUCUUUAGUGAAAACCGCAUUUUGUGAAAUGCCAAGUUUGGACAAGUUAGUGCCUGCUUUGUUGGAGCAUCCGUUGGAGGAUAUCCCACUCUACUGCACAGUCACUCCCGGAAUUCCCGUCAAGCCGAUGCUGGCGCACCCAACAAAGUGCAUAAGGCAAAUACUAAGCCGCUUCGAAGGCCACGCCUUUACUUGCGAGUACAAAUACGACGGCGAACGGGCACAGCUGCACCUAUGCGAGGACGGCACCGCGAAGGUAUAUAGUAGAAACCAAGAGGACACCACCCAGAAGUUUCCCGAUAUUAUUGCUCGCGUUAAUAAAAUUAAAAAGGAUGAGACCAUUCGCAGUUUUAUACUGGAUUGCGAAGCCGUCGCGUGGGACGCUAGCAAACGGGAGCUGCUUCCGUUUCAAGUUUUAUCCACUAGAAAACGAAAAGAAGUCGAAGCACAAGCCAUAUCAAUACACGUGUGUGUCUUUGCUUUUGAUCUUCUGUACCUCAACGGAACGCCUUGUCACCGCCUGCCCUUCUGCGAUAGGCGGAUGUUGUUAAAGGAAAACUUUAUACCACUGGAAGGACAAUUUCAGUUCGCGAAGGGAAUGGACUCGCAAGACACUGAAGAUAUUCAAGACUUUUUAGACCAAUCCAUCAAAGACAAGUGCGAGGGGCUCAUGAUCAAAACUCUCUCCAGUCACGCCACAUACGAAAUUUCAAAGCGAUCUCGCAAUUGGCUGAAACUAAAGGCCGAUUACCUCGAGGGCAUUGGAGAUACCUUGGAUCUCGUGGUCAUCGGCGCGACUAAGGGCCAAGGGAAAAGGACUGGCGUCUAUGGGAACUUUUUAUUGGCUUGCUACAAUCCGACUUCUGAGCAGUAUGAAACAAUUUGUAAACUGGGGACUGGGCUCUCUGAGGAAAACUUGGAUGCGUUUACCAGUACUCUGCAAGGCCUCGUAAUAAAAGCACCAAAAGGCUACUACAAGUGCGAUAGAGCCGAUGCAACCGUGUGGUUUUCUCCUUCGGUAGUGUGGGAAAUAAAAGCGUCCGACUUGUCCAUCUCUCCCAAGUACCAGGCAGCCAAGGGAUUGGUGCAUCCCAAUAAGGGGAUUUCCCUUCGUUUUCCGCGCUUUCUACGCAUUCGCGAGGACAAGACUCCAGAAGAAGCCACAACAUCGCAAUCGGUGGCACAUUUCUAUAAUCUUCAGCAGAACAAACAAGAAUUAGUAGAACACGAUGAGUAUUGAAUUAAAUAAAAAUUAUAGAAUAG